CUGAGAACUAACAGGAUGACCACUAGGGAUUUGACAGUAGGAAUGAUCAUCUUACUACAGACUCUAUUUGGAAUCCUGGGGAAUUUCUCUCUUCUUUACUGCUAUCUCUUCCUUUAUUUCACUGAGUGUAGGCUAAGGUCCACAGAUUUGCUUGUCAAGAACCUGACUGUAGCCAACUCCUUGGUCCUGUUCUCUAGCGGAUUCCAUGAUACAAUGUCACAUUUUGGGUGGUAUCAGGUCUUCAACGAUUUUGGAUGCAGAUUUUUCCCCUAUGUUCGUGCAGUGGGCAGGGGUGUGUCCAUUGGCACCACCUGCCUCUUGAGUGUCUUCCAGGCCACCAUGAUCAGCCCCAGGAACUCCAGGUGGGCAGAUCAUAAAGUGAAAGUUCUCAAGUGCAUUGUCCCUUCAAUUUUCCUGUGCUAGAUCUUGCACAUGCUGAUAAAUGUCAUUUAUCCUAUGUUUGUGAGUAGUAAUUGGAGCCACAAAAACACCACAAACAGAAAAAGUUUUGGACACUGUUCUUCUGUUCGUCAUGACAAAACCAGAGACUUAUUAUAUGCAGCAUUGCUAUCAUUCCCUGAUGUUUUCUAUUUGUUCUUCAUGCUCUGGGCCAGCGGCUCCAUGGUUUUCAUCCCGUACAGGCACAAGCAGAGGGUCCAACACAUUCAUAGGACCAGCAUGUCCUCCAGAUCCUCCCCUAAGUCCAGAGCUACCAAAACCAUCCUUCUCCUGGUGAGCACCUUUGUCUGUUUUUACACCAUUUCCUCCAUUGCACCUCAAUUAUAUUGGAGAACUUUUGUUCGAAGUCUUCCUCUUCUGCGUCAAGGGCAGAUUGUAAAGAGCAUAAAAGAUCAGGUUCAGGUUGGUCAGGAAACUCUAAGAUGA